AUGACCCUGGAGCAUUGGGUGCGCGAUUACAGCGAAUUUCGCCUGAUCAAUACGAAACGUAUCGUUGCGCACGAGGAAAGCUGGGACUUGGCGAGCUUCAACAGCUCGAUUGUCCGUCAGAUCGCCGACAGCCGGCGGAUCCUCAGCGAGUCCUGGUACAUCGGAAUUCAAGAGAUAUUUCUCGUGAACAAUAGGAGGAAUCUGGUACCUAGCCCGUUGCGACGCAGGCAAUUCAAAAAGUUCUUCGAUUGCACCGCCGGCCUGAUGGAGACGCAGCUUUUGAACGCUUGCAAGUACUCCCUUCGGGAUUUCGUUAAUUACGUCGUGCACGGUAAGUCGGCGGUCUGCAGCUUCAAGCUGAACGUCCUCGUCGUCUCUAAUGAGAUCGUCUUCGAGCCAUCCUUCGACAAAUUUAAGGAAUCGCUCUGCAACAUUCUCGAGAUGAUAUGCGACGCAGCGAGGAAUUUCGAAAGAUUGGAGACGCAGCUUUAUCUCGAUUGGGCGGGUCCGCAAAAAUUCCUCAAGCCCAAGAUCUCGGAGAGCGUCGUGAAGCACUUCAAGACGCAGAUAAGAGAGCUGAUCGAUCGCGAGAGAAUAAUCCCGGAGCAGAGGAUGGCCGAACUGAGAAAAUACGCGCCUCUCUACGAUGGCGAGGAACUGGGCCGGGCGGAAGUCUUUCUACGGGACGAGAAUAAGAAGCUGGACGAGUACGACGAGGAAAUCAAACGCUAUCACGAAGCGGGCGCUCGAAUCGCGACGGACGUCGAGAGAACGGUGUUCGCGGGUUUCUUCGAAAUUUCCCACGCGGCCUUCGUCGACACCGUCACCGGGAACGUCGAGCACUUGAAGGGACUCUUCCUCCGUCAUCUCGUCAACAAAUAUCAAACCACUGCGAGAGGUACAAAAAAAAAAAAAACUUACGCGUCCAGCAUUGUAGCGGAAUACGAGGCCAUAGUCGAGCGAGCCUUGACCCCACCUGUCAAUACCGCGGCUCUGAUGGAGCUCGUCAAGUUCGCGCGGACGAUCAGUGACGUCACGAUGAAGAGCCUGGAACUCAGGUUGACAGACACGAUCGUGCACAUCGUAUUCCUGUCGGAUUACUGGCUGCUCACGGAUAGUGAGAUAAGCAUCAACAGCAGAGCCUUUCAGCUGUACCACAGGAUGCCGCAAGUCUUCGAGGACAACCGGCUCAUCAUCGAAACCAAGACGCUGGAGUUUCAAGAAGCGUUGAGAGUCAGAUAUUUGAAGUUCGCGGAGGAGUUGGAUUCCAACCAGAAACAAGUGGAGGAGAUGAAAUAUUGGGGCGACAUCGAUGAGAUAUAUCGUUACCAGCGCAAGGCGCAGUUGCUGGAAGACAGGCUGAUCACGGCGAUGGACAAGAUCGACAAGUUUAACGAGGAGGAGGCCGCUUUUGGCUGGGAGAUCACGCAGUACCCUCUGCGAAAGCAAAUCGCGGACCGCCUGCAGCCGUUCAAGAAGCUCUUCGACGGUGCCUGCGAAUUCUUGACGAAGCACGACAAGUGGAUAAACAGCAUGAUCGGCACGUACAAGCCCGAGGACAUCGACAACGACGUGGGGAAUUUUUACAGGACGAUCUUCAAGCUGGAGAAAGCGUUCCAGGAACCGGACGUGCGAGAUCUGGCGCUCACGGUUCGCGAGAGGAUCGAGGACUUCCGGAAAUACAUGCCGGUAGUGAUGACGUUGGGCAAUCCCGGCAUGAAGUCGCGACACUGGGACGAGGUCUCGGCGAUCGUAGGCAUCCCCAUCAAGCUGGAUCCCGACUUGACGUUGGGCAAGGUGCUGGGUAUGGAGUUGGACGCGUACAUCUCCCAGUUCGAGGGCAUCUCCGAGACCGCGACGAAGGAAAGCGCUGUAGAGAACGGCAUCGAGAAGAUGCAGAAAGAAUGGGUCAACCUGGUGUUCACGGUGAAUCCCUACAAGGACACCGGCACCUUCGUCAUCGCCGGCGUCGAUGAGAUACAGCUCCUGCUCGACGAUCACAUCACGAAGGCUGUGACCAUCAAGAACUCGCCAUAUAUCAAGCCCUUCGAGGCCAGGAUAAUCAAAUGGGAGAAGACGUUGCACUUGCUGCAGGACAUUUUGGACCAGUGGCUGAAAGUCCAGGGUAUUUGGAUGUACCUCGAGCCGAUCUUCACCUCGCCGGACAUUCUGCAACAAAUGCCAGACGAAGGAAGGAAGUUCGCGGCGGUCGAUAAGAUCUGGCGGGACAUUAUGAAGAACGUCCAAAGCGACUCGCGCGUUCUCGUCGUCGUCGAGAUCGAUAAGAUGUUGGAGCGGCUGAAGAAGAGUUUCGCAUUGCUGGAGCAGAUUCAGUUGGGCCUAAACGAUUACUUGGACAAAAAAAGACUCUACUUCCCCAGGUUCUUCUUCCUUUCCAACGACGAGCUACUGGAGAUCCUAUCCGAGACGAAGGAUCCUACACGGUAA